AAUAACUCGAAGGAUUUCAAAUGGGUGUUUUUCCGGCUCAUGAAAUCAGCAUCUUAAGUUUCAAAAGCUCGCGGUGGCGUUUAAAUAGUUUAUUGAACGUCGCUGAGACUUGAUAUUGUCGUCGUUGUCAUCAUUGUGGUCAGUUUCUACUUACGUAGAACACGUUUGGUCAAACAGGCGCAACAGUCCGGAGCAGGUGAACCGCCUAAUAACUAUGAAAACCGCUUUGGUCUCAAAUUCAACCGAAGAAAAACAACAACUAAACACAUAAGAUUUACAUAAAGAAUGUAUCUCAGUACAUAUUUGCUGUUAAAACUCUUAAGUACUCCUAACGCGACAUAGCGUAAGUAUGCAGUAGAUUUACUAAGAAAUAAUUCAUCGUGGACUUAUAGGAUGACUGCCCAGGAGGGUUAAAGUAAUUAAUUUAGCCACAUGAAUAAAGAUGACUGUUGAGGGAGUAUUUGGAAUGCGUCAUAACAAACAGAAGCACGAGCCGUUGUUACCACUUAGCAAGGAUAUAAAGCACGUUGCCUCCUUUCCUUUCGGUUUUUACAUCCCUUCUAGGAAAGUUUGAACGUCACUGUCUGUAAGUGAUACGCAUUUUUCAGUGUUUUAGCCGCCGUAAUCCAAGAAAAUCAAGAUAAAAGAAAUCCAAUCCAAGAAAGUCAAGAUGGCGAGCGCUUUAGCUAAGUUCCUGGUUACUUUUGCGGCUUUUUAUUUCCUGCAAGAAGGACAGGCAACUAGAGGAUGGUACAAGGAGGAUUUUCCGGAUCCUACGAUAGAUGUAGAAACUUGUGGUCGUAGAGGAAAGGUUUCCUGGAUCUGUGAUCCGGAGAAUAUUCUCAGCUACGGGGCUGCCGAUAAGAUUGAAGAGUUGUUGUAUUCAGUUGUUAAAAAUACUGAUUCAGGGUGCAGCUACUAUGAUAAUGGCAAACCUGGAUUUCAAAUUGGUGUUGCAGUUCUAAACCAAAUGAGUGGCAUUCCUGGUGAACCUGUUGAAGAAACAGCGAAGACGCUUGCCAAACAUUUACAUGACAGCUGGGCUGUCGGCCACGCGGGAUGUGAUGACGGAGUCAUGUUGCUGAUUUCCAUUUUAGAUCGUCAACUGUAUGUCUCCACAGGAAAAAGAGCCAUGGAGUUGUUAUCCGAUGACCAGAUUGAUAUUAUCAUUGAGGAAAUGAAGCCAUACAUGCUAAAGAAAGAUUAUGAUAAAGGUGUGGAACUCGCUAUUGUCCGAAUGGGUGAAGUUUUCGGCAUUCGUAGUGCAUCAAACCAUGGGUAUAUCAUCUUCUAUGCUGUGCUGGUGAUCAUUAUUGUUGGUGUUGUGCUGUGCAUUAAGCGAAAGAAAGAACAAUCACGUGGAGAAUGGGAAAGAGAUACAUACCCAGGUAUCUCUAAUUUUGAUCUUACCAAAUCUGAUCCUUUCUAUCUGUGUAAACCUGACUACUAUAGGUGUACUAUGUUUGAGAGACGUAGCUUUGGUAGUGGUGUAGGGUUUGGUGGGGGUGGAAUAAUUGGAGGUGGUGGUAGUGGAGGUAGCUGGUAACAUGCACAAAUCUGUAUCAGGUCAAACCUGAUGGAUAUUUGAUGAAGACUUUCACAGGAAAAGAACAUACAGAGGUGACCCCAGUGUUAAAUUCAAGUGUUUUUGUGGAGGGUCUUCAUGCCUUUUUGUUUCUCAUCUUUGUACUUUAGUAAAUUAUGUUUACACAUUGUUGUAAGGCUUAUAAAUGACGAUGGUGACAUUAAUAUAAGUUUCCAGGCUAGUGGAGCUCUGAAUAAGUUGGCAUGGACAGUUUUUCAGUGCUUUACAAUGAGUAUGUAAAACAUGUCUCAAAUAUGAGCUCAAAUGUUGUGUCUUCCGUGAGCAUCAGCUUACUGGUGUCAAAAAUGGGUCAGGAUUGGCUAAGUAAACUUAAUGUGUCAUGGCACUUCUAGGCUAAACUGAAAGGGAUGUUAUACUUGAUUUUAUAUGAUAUCUUUCAUUCCCACAAGAGCCACAGUUAAGACUGUAGUGUUAUUUGUAGUCUGCAGUAGCACUUUUAUUUGCCAUAAAUAGUGGUCCGCAAUCAUCACAUAGUAUUCUAUUGAGUGAGGAAAAUAGAGGCUUAGUGUCAUCAGAUUAAAAAAUCCUCAGUUUUGAA